GGCGAUCGGGCGGUGCGCUUGUGCCCUGAUGAUCUGUGUAGUCCCAGCAGUGCCACAUGUCAGUGUACAUCAGUGCCUUACGUCAGUGCCCAUCAGUGCCACAUCAGUGCCACAUAUCAGUGCCUACCAGUGCACAUCAAUGCCACAUAUCAGUGCCCAUCUGAGCUGCCUUUCAGUGUCACCCAUCAGUGUCAGUCAGUGCCACAUAUUAAUGCCAAUCAGUGCCACCUAUCAGUGCUGCCAACCAGUGCCACAUAUCAGUGCCAGUCAGUGCCGCUAUCAGUGCCAGUCAGUGCUGCCUAUCAGCGCGCAUCAGUGCGCCUAUCAGUGCCGCCUAACAGUGCCAGUCAGUGCCGCCUAACAGUGCCAGUCAGUGCCGCCUAUCAGUGCUGCCUAUCAGUGCCAUGUAUCAGUGCUGCCUUUCAGUGCCCAUCAGUGAUGCCUGUCAAUGCCCAUCAGUGCCACCUACCAGUGCCUCCUCAUCAGUGCCCAUCAGUGUCACCUAUCAGUGUCCAUCAGUGCAGUCUAUCAGUGCCCAUCAGUGCAGCCUCAUUAGUGCACAUCAGUGAAGGAGAAAAAUCACUUAUUUACAAAAUUUUAUAACAAAAACUAAGAAAAAAACUUUUUUUUCAAAAUUUUCAGUGGUUUUUGGUUUCUUUAAGAAAAAAAUAA